CACAUGUAUGUUCUAGAUCACGUGACCAAGAUGGCCUCCUUGUUCUUGAAGCAAGCGAUUGGAAAUGCGCACGUUUCUCUGAAAACACUAACACGCGAGUUGACAUUUACAAACAAAAGAUUGCUGUCGUACUCUAUACGUCGAUAUGCACAACCAGCUGCACAAAAGAAGACUUAUACACGAGAAAAAUCGCAUGUUAACAUCGGAACGAUUGGUCACGUUGACCACGGCAAAACAACCUUGACAGCCGCAAUAACGAAAGUGCUCGCCGAAGAGAAUAAAGCUUCAUAUCAGAGGUAUGAAGACAUCGACCGAGCACCAGAAGAGAAAGCUCGAGGCAUUACCAUCAAUGCAGCCAUGGUUGAAUACGAAACUGACAAGAGACAUUACGGGCAUGUGGACUGUCCAGGGCACGCCGACUACAUCAAGAACAUGAUAACGGGAACUGCACAGAUGGAUGGAGCAAUUCUUGUUGUUGCAGCAACUGAUGGAACCAUGCCACAGACGAGAGAACAUUUGCUUUUGGCACGCCAAAUUGGUAUUCAAAAGUUAGUUGUUUUUGUCAAUAAGGCAGAUGCAGCAGAUAAAGAAAUGAUUGAAUUGGUCGAGAUGGAAGUAAGAGAACUGUUGACCGAGUUUGGAUACAAUGGCGAUGACACCCCUGUCAUUAUUGGUUCAGCGUUAAACGCCUUGGAUGGAAAAAAUGAAGAACUUGGUCAUAAGAAAAUAAAAGAAUUGCUUGACGCUGUUGAUUCUUAUAUUCCGACACCUCAGCGAGAUCUAGAUAAACCUUUUCUGCUGCCAAUUGAAUCCACGUUUUUAAUUCAAGGACGAGGAACGGUUGUAACCGGAAAGGUUGAAAGGGGCAUCAUUAAGAAAGGAGACGAAGCAGAACUUCUUGGUUAUGACACGACCAUGAAAACUACUGUCACCGGCAUCGAGAUGUUUCAUAAAAAUCUCGAUAGAGCUGAAGCAGGCGAUCAACUGGGAGCGUUAAUCAGAAAUAUUAAGCGGGAUGACGUCAGGCGAGGUUAUGUGCUUGCAAAACCAGGCACCAUUGGAUUGCACAAUAGAUUUGAAACACAGAUUUAUUUGCUGUCGAAAGAAGAAGGCGGUCGUGCCAAGCCACUCACUGAAUAUUUUCAGACCCAGAUGUUCUGCACAACAUGGGAUGCACCUGCUCUUUUGGAAAUCCCUGACAAAGAUAUGGUGAUGCCAGGCGAAGAUGCCCGUGUUAUUUUUAACCUGCGCAAGAAGAUGGCCUUGGAGAAUGGUCUGCGUUUCACUCUUCGAGAUGGAACAGGGACUUUGGGGUAUGGAGUGGUGGCAAAAAUACUUCCAGAUGGCGAUGCCGAAAAAUUGGAUGAAGAAAGAGCCCUGAAACGAAAGCAGCAAAAGAAAGCAGCACAAUGAACUGUUGGAGUUGUUUUGUAACCGUGUGUUUUCGUACUUAUUAAGUGUAUUAAUUAACAGUAGUGCUACCUUGUUCUUUUAAUGAUCAACAUCAUGUUAGUAAUGGAAUUGUAUGAUCUGAGACACUCAAUUUGUAGAAAAAAAAUUCUACUUCAUUGAUGUUGUAUACAAUUUUGUGGUUAUUGUUUUGUUACAUCAGAACAUUCAUAAUUAAGAUCACUGAUUUAGCUAUAAUAUUCAUAAAUGCUGGAAAACAUUAAAGUUUGGACAGAUUAAAAAAAAAAUGUCUUCAAAAUACAUGUAUGAAAUUCUGACUUGAGACAUUAAAUAUAAAGAUACUAGUUAAUGAUUAGAUUGUGUCCUUGAAAACAUACUUUGUCAACAAAAGACUUUGUUCAGAAGUGUACUAUGACAUAAAAUAAUUAAUGGAACAUUCUUACCUGUCUGUAGAUUUUUUUUACAUUUGAUAUGCUCUGAUCUUGAACAAUGUAGAGUUUAACACCCAAUAGCCGAUGUAUUUUUUGUGCUGGGGUGUUGUUAAAUAUUCAUUCAUUCAUUGAACCAUCUAGAUGGCACUGGACUUGAUGAUCAUGCAAGUAGAUUUUAUGAUGCCGAGUAGCCAAGAUCUGAUACAAAGGCAGGGCUCAAACUUGAGAAAAUUAUCUCCCACAGCAAAUAUUUUUUUUAAUUGCCAUGGUCGAAAAGGCCCAUCGAUGGCAAUUUUGUUUUUUUAAAUGACUUUUGCAGCAAAUAAACUUGACAGAGGUAUAUUUUGCCAUUGUUGAGGAGCUUUACCAAUGGCACAAAAGUGCCAUCGGUGAUGCUACCUAAAUACGGCAAUUUAUAUUGCAACAAUGCCAUUGUUAAGUUUAAGCCCUGCAAAGGUGUUCUUUCUGUAGAUUUAAUAUUAGAAUUUUUAAUAUUGAUUUGGUAAUAGCUUUAUUGAUGUACUUGCCUUUAACAAGCAAUAGCCAAUAUAUUCUUUGUGCUGGGGUGUCAUUAAACAUUCAUGAUGAAUUCAUUCUGUCUGUAGAAUGUGCUUGUAAAACCAGCCUCAUUGCUAACAGAAAAGCCCCAAAUGCAGUGGGUUUAAUUUCUCAUUCAUUAGACCACCAUAUAUUACCGUGUAUUGGACGACUCCUUGGAUAAGCCAACCUCUUGUUUGACCCUAAAUAACAAGUACAAAAUCAUUGGCCUUAUGUAUAUGUUGAAGUCAUCUUUAGUAGGUAUUACAGUAAUCAUAGUGUCAUACACUAUACCGGUAAUAUUGUGAUGAUUAAUCAAAUAUUAGGUGUUCACGACUAGCUCUUGAUGAGCAAAAUAUCUCACAGAUUAUAUAUUAAGUUCCAAAAAUUUAAGAAACUGACUGUUAUUUUCCACUAAAAGAUCAAUUAUUACAUGAAAUCAUUUGCUAAUUGUGUUUACAAAGUUUGCAAAUUUAGCAAGUGCCGAAGCUAGCCCUGGGUGUUGUUGAAGAACAUACCUUCUUUCUUUUCUUGCCUGCUGUUUUUGUUUCAUAAUAUAUGUAUAACAUUAUCUCGGAUGGACCUUUCUCCAUUAAAGUAAAACCACAGCUUCUAUAAUUUUUACAAAAUCCACUUGCCAUGGGAUCGGUGACUUUAAAAAUUUACUAGCCAUGAAUAAAAAUUCACUAUCCCUAUUUCAUUAAUAGUAGCAAUCAGAUGUUACUUAAAGAGAUUAAAAACACUAAUGUUGAGGACUGGGUUGGGGGCAGCAGAUUCGUAUUUACAAAACAGACUUAAAUGCAGCAUUUGACAUCUUUUUUUCACUAGUCGUCAGGCAUCAUAGUAGUUAUUUACUAGCCCAACAUUGAAUAUCACUAGCCAUGGGAGUGGGGCUACCAUAAUCUAGAAGCCCUGAAAACAACGUUCAAAUGUAUUUUAAUUGGGUUUUUUUUUAUAUAUAAAGUAUGAUGUUUUCAAAUACCAUGAAUGUGAAUACGUAUAUAUGGAAUAAAUAAGAGCACAAUA